AUGUUCUCAGAAUAUGCUUCCAAGUUUCUCGCCCAGUCCCAGUCGCGAAUUUCGAACUUCGUCCAGCCCGAUAACGCUGACCCUCCACCCCGAAACCCCAACGACCGAUACCGACGAGCAAGCCAGCCUCUCCGGGCCCAGUCUCGCGGAUACUCCUCACGGCUGGGCAACCCAUACCUGGCGGCCUCGAACUUCAACUUCCCCCGUUACGCCGCGGCUCCGCCAGACGCGCCUUUGUUUCAUAGCGCCUUGGACGAGUUCCGCGAAGAGGACGACGAGGAGGAGCGGGAGAGGGAGACUGCGGAUUUCUUUGCUCUGCAAAAAUCCAGAAGAACUUUUGCUCCUAUAGCACGGCUCGAAGAGAGCCGCGAGACAGAUCCCGAGGCCAGUCAUGAGUCGGUAGAGACGGCGAAGGACGAUCACGGAAGAUCUACCGAAGACCGUGGGAGAGGAGGAGGAGGGAUAAAGAGCAGCUGGAAUGGCGGUGGCCGGAGUAUGAGAGGAAGAGGGCGAACGCCGGGAAUGAUCGGGGAAGAAGGCAGCGACAAGGAUGGGGAGAGCACACGGCGGAGUAGCAAGGCCAGCAGUAGAGGAAGGGGAAGAAUGGAGGAUAUUGGGCUCGAGUCGACGAUAGAGGAUGAUGAUCCGCCGUAUGAUCUGGCUGUAGAGAUGGACAGCGAUGAUAGCCCGCCUGCCUUCCAGAACUUCCGAUCAGAACCUCGAGAUGGACCGAUCAGAUCGCCUACGAAUUCCAAGAGUGGGCACGACAGAUGGGCCGAUGCACGCCAUGCUGCUGGGGCUGGGAUAUCACGACCUCCGAGCUCAGUUGCGACGGUUCCCGAGGUCCUGGCUCAGACCACUGCAGAAGCGCCGAGACACGAUAUAUUCUGGGGGUCCCUCUAUAUGAUAUGCCUCGGGGCGCUCUUUUCGACUUUCUUCCUCGUCUUUCUCCAUACAGAAACACCUGACAGAAAUAUCGGCGAUACGAUCUACACCACCCUCCAUGCCUCGUUUCACCUCUUCGCUGUAGAUACAGUGGUGUCAGUCUUCGUGUCGCUCAUCUGGUUGGCCCUGCUGCGGUCAUUCGUGAAGCAACUGGUACAUUUGAUUCUGCUCGCAGUCCCGGUCAUCUUGAUCUCCUUCUCGCUGUACCCUUUCAUCGCUAGCUACAAAGGGUCGAGCCACGGCAACAGUCUUCAGGAUAAGGCGAUGAGAUGGCUAUCUUUCAUCCCUGGACUAUUUUCACUGAUAUGGCUGUAUACGAUAUACAGAGGUCGCAAGUCUGUGAGAAAGGCAGUUGACAUAUUACAGUUUGCCUCGAAGAUAUUAGGUGACAACCCUGCUCUUCUUGGGAUGGGAUUCGCGACGUUGGGCGCCGUGGUGGCAUGGACUUGGUUGUGGCUUGGAAUGUUCACCAGAGUGUUCCUUGGGGGCCAUCUAUCGACUUCCGUCACCAGAUUUAUUAUCGAUGCGACAAGUUGGUGGCUAGCAAUCUUUUUUGUCCUGAUGUACAUCUGGACGCUGUCCUUGCUCAGCGGUAUUCAAAGAGCAACUACUGGAGCGGUUGUAUCCCAAUGGUACUUCCAUCGCGGCGUCAUCCCAGCUCCAGCAUCUCGAGAAGUAGUCAUUGCAGCACUCACCCACGCAACAACUACAAUUUUUGGUACUAUCUCCCUGUCAACCCUAUUGGCCCUCCUCAUUCGCUUACCGCUCUUGGUCCUUCCGCGCCGCCUUAUCAGUGUUGUGACAAUCUUCGCUUACUCCUUCAUCCCAACGCCCAUCACUGCACUCACUAACCCUCUUACCCUCACAUAUGCGGCCAUACAUUCUCAAGCCCUUCACGACUCUGCUCGUGGCCUCAGUCAGAUGACAUUCUUGAGUCCGCAGGCACCAACCACAACCCUCACACCGCGAUCUUUCAACGCGCGAAACCGGCAAAUAACUCCCCUUCUUCCUUACCGCCUAGCCAAGCUCAUUUUGCACGCUACCCGGUUCAUCAUGGCCAUGGCUCUCGGUUUCGGCGGGUGGGUAGCUACAGCGCGCCAGCUGCAGAUUUCCAUGCCAGAAGGCGCUGGUAUCAGAGGAAGUGCAUACGCCUAUGUGGUGGGUCUGGUAGCCAGUUUUAUCGGCUGGGGUGUUCUUGGGGCAAUGGAGGGCGUGCUGAGCGGGAUCGUAGACGCGAGUGUGGUGUGCUGGGGCAGUGAGAGAGGGAUGGCAGGGAACAAACAGUAUUGUCCCGAAGCAGCGGAGCUGUUCAGUGAGAGGCCUACGAGGGGGAUGCCGUGA